UAAAAACAUAGAUAUAUUUUAAAAUGAUUUGAAGUGAUGUUAAAUGCUGUUUAACAUUGGCUUUUUGAUAACUGAUUGUUGCUCUGAGUGAGGGGAGGAAAAAAAAAACAAAACAAAAAUUCAUCCAGAUCUUUACAGCUUCGUAACAAAGAUGGCUUCUUGUAACAUAAAUUGAACCGUACAAGACAUAUUUCAUUGAAAAACAAAACCAUUAUUUUCCAAAAUCUCAGAGCGGUGCAAGGUUGCUAGGAAUCCAAGGCAGUCUCGCUUAUAUUGAGAAUUUUAAUUAUAUUGAGGUAUAAUUAUGAAGACGACUGGGAAAUCCCGGACACAAGGAAAUGCUGGACAUGAAAUAUUGUAAAAAAUAAAAGAAACAAGAUGAAGUACGAUUUCAUCCACAGACAUUUAUCACGAUCAUUUAGAAAAUUGGGCUAUUGUAUAGGAGAAUAUCCAUUAAAAUUCUCAUUAAUACCAUUGCUAAUAAUAGCCAUAUUUUCGACAGGACUUUAUAGAAUAAAAAUAUUAAAAAAUACAGAAUAUAUGUACAGUCCUUUAAAUGGAAGAGCAAGAAUUGAGAGGAAUGCAGUGGAAUCUAUAUUCCCUCCAAACAUGUCUGACAUUGAUGUUUCUAGAAUUACAAGGUUUGGAAGGUUAGGUUUAAUGAUGUUCGAAGAAAAAAAUCAAGGAUCUCUUAUGAAAGAAAUUUUCAUGGACGAGGUUGUUAAAGCUCACAAAGCUGUCGAAGAUAUGAGUAUUAUUUGGAAAAAUAGGACAUACAAAUACUCGGAUUUAUGUGCAACAACCUAUCAAGGUCAAUGUCUUGAAAAUGAUUUACUGAAACUUAAAGGUAAAAUUGAAGAUAUUAAAAAUAAGAGAAUCCGAAUAAGAUAUCCUUAUGAAAUCGAUGACAUAACACUUAAUACUAUAUUUUAUGCCUUCUCAUUGGGAAAGGUAACCACAGAUGACAAUGGUUACAUUCAAGACGUAAAAGCCAUGAGAUUAUUAUACUUCCUAGAUUAUAAGAAUACAGAAAGGAAUAUGUUAAGUUUAAUGUGGGAGGAAAAGUUCUUACAAACUUUUAAAACCUACCAUUCAGAUUAUGUCAAUAUUUAUUUAUUUGUUGGGAGUACAAUAGAUAAUGAAUUUAACCGAAUAACAGAAUCUAUAUUACCUCUUCUUUCCGUGGCCAUUACUGUCAUGGUAGUUUUCGCUGUAAUAACAUCUAUGACCACAAAUUGGGUAACUAGCAAGCCUUGGAUAGGUGUUGCUGGAUGUUUAACAUCUGCUCUUGGAGUUUCUGGAGCAUUUGGACUCCUUCUAUGGUUUGAUAUAGAAUAUUUUGAUUUAAAUAUCUCGAUACCCUUUCUUCUUCUGGGUGUCGGUCUCGAUGAUUCGUUUGUUCUCUUGGCAGCGUGGCGUAGAACUGAUCCAAAAAUGAGUGUCAAAAAGAGAAUGAGCGAAACUUAUUCGGAAGCAGCAGUCUCUAUUACCAUAACUUCACUUACAAAUUUCCUCUCAUUUUGUAUAGGAAUGACUACAAGUUACAGAGUCAUACAAAAUUAUUCCCUUUACGCUUCCUUAUCAAUUGUAUUCGCUUAUUUGUGUCAGAUAACAUUUUUUGGAGGAAUCUUAGCCAUUACUGGAUAUAGAGAAAAUAAAUGUAUCCAUUCUGUUUUUUGUAUACCCGUUAAAUUAGAUAAAUAUUCAGGAUCGUUUCUUACAAAUCUACUUUAUAUCGGUUGGGUGAAGGAAGGAUCAACUGAAUUUCAUAACGAAAGUGCUAUUUUGAAAUUUUAUAGAGAUAAAUUAGGGAAAAUAUUAACAAUGCCACAGUCAAAAGUUAUCGUCAUUAUAUUAACUAUAAUUUACAUAUCUGGAAGUAUUUUUUCAUUGAAAUAUUAUAAGCAAGGAAUGAAUUAUAGCAAUGUGUAUCCAUACUCCUCGUAUGCAUUGAAUUAUACAAAUAAGCAUUAUGAAUAUUUCACAGAGUAUCCGCACGUUAUACAAGUUGUUAUUAAUAAAACAUUAGAUUACUCUAACUUAGAAGUUCAACGAAAUGUUCAAGAAAUGAUUGAUAAUUUUACAAAUAGUGAAUUCAUGGCUGGCAAAGAAACUACUGAUUUCUGGUUGAAAUACUUCUUACAGACUUUUAAAGAAUCAAGAUUGCGCUUCUCUUACAGUGGUUAUAAUCUUAGUAUUUCUGGAGAUUUCAUUGAAGCAUUUCGUGAUAUAUUUUUAAAAUUUCCUACUUCUCAUCGAUUUAAUCAAGAUGUUAUCUUUAACGAAAAUAAAACUAAGAUUUUGGCUAGUAGAUUCUUUAUUGCAACCAAAAAUAUCUUGAAUCCUCAUAUGGAAGGAAAAUUAUUAAGUUGGUUAUGGAAAACUGCUGAUAAUUGCAUAUAUCCUGUAUAUAUCCACAAUUUAUGGUUUUUAGUAUACAGUCAACACGUAUACGUUAAACAAACAGCAUUACAGACGUUAUGUAUAGCCGUUGCAACUAUAACAAUUGUAUUUUUCUUAUUUAUACCAAAAUUUAAAUGUGCCGUAUGUGUUGCUCUUACUAUAGCAUCGAUUGAAACUGGAGUAAUUGGUUCGAUGUUUGCAUGGGGUGUUAAUUUAGAUACGAUAUCAAUGGUAUGUCUCAUAAUGGCUAGUGGAUUAUCAGUUGAUUAUGCUGCUCAUAUAUCCUAUGCCUAUAUUACAUGUAAGAAAGAAAAUCCCGAUGAUAAACUUAGAGAAGCACUCUAUGCAACAGGCCAUCCUAUUUUUCAAGGUUGUUUGUCUACUAUUCUCGGUGUAAUUGUGCUAGCUUUUGCACCUUCUCAUACGUUUAUUAUAUUUUUUAAAAUCACGACUUUAGUAAUGGUAUUUGCAUUUUUUCAUGGGAUUUUCAUUAUUCCUGUUACCUUAAAUGUUUGGGAUAUGGCUUGUAUGAAAUUAAAGAAGACAAAAGAAACAAUGAUUGAUAUUCCAGAAAACGAUACACUUAUGGAAAAUCGAUCUAACAGUUAAAAAUAAAUAAUUAUAUUAGCCUAUACAAAAUAUAUUUUAAUUCGGUUUAUUUUUCCUAUAUUAGAUCCUUUGAAAGUAUAAUUACGUACAUUAAAAAAGUUAUUGAUAAUUAAAAAUUAAUCCAUAUCUCACUUGCAUAUUUCUUUAAAAUAAGAAAGUGAGAUAUUGAUUGACACUUGGAACUAAUAUGAGAUAAGGAAUUUAUUGAUAUAGAUCCCGAAUAACAAGGAAUGUAGAAAAUUAGAGCUACUUAAAUGUAUUUUUGAAACCACUUCUAGAUGUUGCACGGUUGUACAAUCGAAGAAACAGAUUAAAGAUGGAGAAUAAAGGAAUACUAAUAAAAAUGGCUGAAGAAUAUUAACAGAACGGCAGAAAUUAGUUACUCAAAGCUGUUAUUCGGUAUCAACCUAAUAGAAAACGAGAUAAGACUAGAAUGUAUUUAAUUCCUUACCAGUUGAGAGUAGCGCGUUAUCUUAAAUCAUUUUAAGAAUAUUGAAUAUUUAGUUAAUUCACUAGAUAUAAUGCAAAAAGAUGUUAAAUUUCGUAGAUUAUUUUUCAAUAGCUUUUGAAUGAAUUUCAAUGAAAUAAAGGCCUACUAAAAGUCGAAAACGAUACACCAAUUAUAAUUUCAGAAGAGCAUUUAAAGGCCCAAACGAUAUAUUUUUCUUAUAUUUUGAUAAAUAUACAAUACAGGAAUGAAUAUCUCAUUUUA